CAAAGUUCAUCGUUCAAUAUUUGUGUACACUUCUCAAAAUUGUUGAAGGUCGUUCGUCUCGUUCUGAACAUAAUCACGAAAGGAGGAACACAUCACAUGGUUUAUAAUAUAUUUUUAACUUGAACGUGCCAAAACAAGGAAUCGUCGUCAUUUAUCCACACGGUGCCAACUAAAACAGGUCGAGUAAAUAGUGCUCUAUUUAAACUAUAUAUAUAUAAUCAUUCAUAUUACAAAAGACUAUAAUUUCCUGCUAUUCAAGCAAUCAGUAAAUAUAAGGCGCUUGAGCUAAAUCGCAUGGAAUAUCUGCUCCUGAUGUAUGUAUCGUGUCAGAUGACUUAAACCGCAGUAAGAGCGGAGAAAAAUAUUCUGCUCUUGCUGCUCACGUUCAAUUCUAGCAACAGAUUUGUAAACUAAGUGUUCUUGACGUCAUUGCACUACAGUUGGUGUCAAUUCGUCAUGGGAUCCUUAAUCCUAAAGUUAGCUAAUUUGCAAAGCAAGUUCCUUAACUAUUAAUGCAUAACCCUGACCGUUUUGUAUUCUAGCUGCUGUCAGUUUGUGGCGAAAACUUUGUAAUACUAUGAUAUCUAUAAGAAGAUCUUGGCCUUUAACGAAAUGGUUUUGUGCGCAAUUUGUUCAAUUGAAACUUCCAAGUACAAAUGUCCGAGGUGUAUUGCACCAUAUUGCUCACUUGCCUGUUACCAAAAACAUAAACAAAAUGAGUGCAAACCGGAAACCUGUGUACCAAGGGUUGUGCAUGCUACUGUCGAACAAGAGGAUGAGAUGGUCGAUUAUGUUCCGAAGAAAAUUUUAGAAGGCUUAAAAUACUCGGAUAAAAUUCGAAAUCUUCUGAAGAACCCUCAUCUCCGGAGUCUGCUUCGAUUUUUGAAUGAUACAAAUAAACCGUACUCUGCAUUGGAAAAUGUUAUGCGUGAACCUAUUUUCGUCGAAUUUUCAGAUGAAUGCCUUAAAAUUGUAGACUCAAACUUAUAGGUCCAAUAUACUAUUUCUAAUAUUUUUAAAAAUAAUUUCCGAAUUGUUUUCAAAUACAAAAACUUGAACAUGGUUCA